AUGGGUUCCUUAAAGCGCAAAGAAGGCCCUAACGGCGCCUCUGCCUCCAAACCACCCCGGACCGCCACCGAGUCGAGACCCUCGAAACGGGCGAAAGCGAGCGAAUCGACCAAAGACGACGGCAAGAAGGGCGCAAAGGAACAAAAGUCACCCGCGAAGCCAGCAGCAGCUCCAGUGGUUUCAAAACUGAAGGAGGAAGAACCGUUGUUUCCACGAGGUGGCGGGAGCGUCCUGACUCCCCUGGAGCAAAAGCAGAUCUCGAUUCAAGCGAAGAAGGAUGUCUUGUUCGAGGAGCAGUCAGAGGGGAAGAAGGGUGACAACUCUGCUAGGAGAAAGAGGCGCAAGUCUCGCGCUGCAGAGGCAGGCACGGGCGAGAGUAAAGACGAAGAUGCCGUCAAAGUGGAGGGUCUGAACUUCAAGCGGCUGGUACAAGGCUCAUUGGUACUCGGGACGGUCUGCGCCAUCAACGCGCUCGAUAUUGUCAUUGCACUACCGAACAACCUUGUUGGCCAUGUGCCCAUAACCUCCAUCUCCGAGCCCCUGACACAACGGUUGGAGGAGAGUGCCGAGAAGGAGGAAGACGACGAUGAGCCUGAGGACGAAGGUGUCGACGACGUUGACCUGAAGAGCUUAUUCCAAAUCGGCCAGUAUGUCCGCGCUUAUGUCACAUCAACACUAGACGAAUCAGCCCCCGGAAAGUCAAAACGUCACAUCGGUCUUGCUCUUGAUCCGGCGCAUUCCAACACUGGUAUCUCGGAGCAGGACGUGGUCGAGAACUGCACUCUCAUGGCCGCGGUCGCCAGCGUCGAAGACCACGGAUUUGUCAUGGAUAUCAGCAUAGCCGAGUCCAAGUUAAGGGGGUUCCUGCCGCGGAAACAACUCGACAAGAGCAUCCCUGAGGAGAGUCUCCAGCCGGGAUCAGUCCUUCUUUGCAUUGUGGCAAACAAGGUCGCCAGCGGCAAGGUUGUGCAGCUCUCAACGCUCUCCGAUCGCAUCGGCAACCCUAAAAGCAGCCCAUCCGAAGCUACGACGAUUGGCUCCUUCCUGCCCGGUACUGCGGCCGACGUUUUGGUCUCCGAGGUGUCUCAGCACGGUGUUGUCGGCAAAGUGAUGGGCCACCUGGAUGUGACUGCAGAUCUUGUUCACUCUGGCGCCGGGCCUGACGGCGUCGAUAUUGUGGCCCAGUACAAGGUAGGCUCGCGCAUCAAGGCGAGGAUCAUCUGCACGUUCCCGAACGCAAAGCUGCCGAAAUUGGGUAUCUCUGUGCUGCCACACAUCCUCUCAUUGAAGCCAAAGACCGCAAACAAGGACAGUCAGGAGAUUCUGCCAACCAGGAUCCUUGCUCACUCUGCGACUGUGGAUGAGUGCACCGUACAAAGAGUCGAGCCUGGUAUUGGUCUUUAUGUUGACGUUGGUGUCGAAGGCAUUCCGGGCUUCGUGCACAUCUCGAGGGUCAAGGACGGCAAAGUCGACAGUUUGUUCGAGAGCAGCGGCCCCUACAAGGUUGGCUCCGUUCACCCCGGGCGUGUGGUUGGUUAUAACAACUUUGAUGGCAUGUUCCUCCUUUCAUUCGAGAAGAAAGUUCUUGAACAGCCGUUCUUGAGAAUCGAGGAUAUCCCCGUGGGAGCAGUGGUACCCGGUGUGGUCGAGAAGCUCGUUAUUAACCAAGAUGGCCUCGGGGGCCUCAUCGUCAAUAUCGCCGAUGGAAUCUCUGGCCUGGUUCCCGAGAUGCACCUUUCCGACGUUCACCUGCAACAUCCCGAAAAGAAAUUUAGGGAAGGAAUGAAAGUUAAGGCCCGCGUGCUCUCCACCAACCCGGCAAGACACCAGCUUCGUCUGACAUUGAAGAAAACGCUGGUUAACUCGGAAGCCCUUCCUAUCAAGUCAUAUGACGAGCUGGCAGUUGGUCUACAGGCUCCCGGCACAAUAGUGAAUGUGUUGCAGCACGGCGCCAUCGUUCAGUUCUAUGGCCAAUUACGUGGUUUUCUCCCGGUCUCUGAGAUGAGCGAAGCCUACAUUAGUGAUCCCAAGGAACACUUCCGUGUCGGCCAAACGCUCGCUCUCAAGAAGCUGCAAAUCGGCGACCUGGUGUCGGCGAAGGUUACGCAGAAGACCGAGGACGACAUCUUUGUUGAGCUCACCGACAACUCCCUGAAGGCCGUCCUCCCUGUGGCGCACCUGACGGACAAGUCAGUGAGCAAAACGCAAUCAGCGCUCAAGAAAAUCCACGUCAACCAAACGCUCUCUGAGUUGGUUGUUUUGGAAAAGAAUGAAGCCCGGCGUUCCAUCACGCUUUCUCACAAGCCGAGCCUCGUCCAGGCCAGCAAGGAAGGGAAGCUUCUUGCGAGCGCAGAUGAUGCCCGGCUAGGGAACGAAGUUGCCGGCUUCGUUCGGAAUAUUACCGCCACUGCUGCCUUCGUGCAAUUUGCAGGGAAGCUGACUGCUCUCCUUCCCAAGUCGAAGCUGCCUCGCGAUGCCCAGGACAAGCCCAGCUUCGGAAUGUACAAGUCACAGUCCCUCACUGUCAAGAUCACCUCCAUCGACAAGGACCUUGGCCGGUUGGUGGUUGCCAUUCCUUCGGUUGCGGACGACGAGGCGAAGAAGGUUGUCAAGCCUACGGAGAAGGCUAUCAACUCUUUGGAUGACUCGAUCACCUCGGCUGACGAUCUUGCAAUCGGCAAGCUCACGAAGGCUAGGGUAAAGUCGGCGAAAGAGACGCAGCUGAACGUCCAGAUCGCAGAUAACAUCCAGGGGCGGAUCGACGUGUCUCAGGUCUUCGAUAAAUGGGAGGACAUUCCGGAUGCGAAGCGGCCACUCAAGCGAUUCAAGCCGAACGAAAUCUUGGAGGUUCGGGUUCUCGGCGUUCACGAUGCCCGCAAUCACCGCUUCCUCCCCAUCACUCACCGGUCCAGUCACUCAGUUCUAGAGUUGUCGACAAAACCUAGCGACCUGAAGGCGGAUACACUUCCCGAAUCGCUGUCCCUAGAUAAAAUUGAGGUCGGAUCCACCCAUGUCGCCUUCGUCAACAAUGUUGCAUCCAACUACCUUUGGGUAAACUUGUCGCCGAACGUGCGUGGGAGGAUCAACGCCAUGGAGGCCUCUGAUGAUCUGGCCAAAUUGGCAAACUUGGAGAAGAGCUUCCCCGUGGGUUCUGCGCUCCAAGUAAGGGUACUCGCCGUGGACAAGGAGAAGGAGCGGGUCGACCUCUCAGCCCGGACCUCUGGCGAAGCAGCUCAACUUUCUUGGGACAAAAUUCAACAAGGAUUGGUUCUGCCGGCCAAGGUUACCAAGGUCAACGACCGUCAAGUCAUUGUCAAGUUGAGCGAGCUAGUAGCGGGGCCGGUCCACCUGGCAGACCUCGCUGACGAUUACGAUGAUGCGAAUCCCCUAUCGCAUUCCAGAAAUGAAAUUGUGCGGGUAGCCGUCGUCGAGGUUGACAAGAGCAACAAGAGAGUGAGGUUGUCAAUGAGGCCCUCCAAGGUGUUGAACUCAUCCCUCCCUGUGAAGGACAAGGAGGUCACAAAAAACACCAAGCUCGAGGUCGGCGAUAUCAUUCGCGGCUUUGUCAGAAACGUCUCCGACAAGGGCCUCUUUGUGUCGCUCGGCGGUGACCUUGUGGCGCUGGUCAAGAUCAAGAACCUGUCCGACUCGUAUCUGAAAGACUGGAAAGAGCACUACCAGGUCGACCAGCUCGUCAAGGGUCGCAUCAUUUCGGUAGCCGAGGGCCGUAUUGAGCUGAAUCUGAAGCCGUCGGUGGUGGACAAGGACUAUGUCCCGCUGACCACCAUCGCGGAUCUCAAGGAGGGUCAAACCAUCACCGGCAAGGUACGGAAGGUUGAAGAGUUUGGCGCUUUUAUUGAGAUUAGCGGCUCGAUGAACCUGUCUGGUCUGUGCCACCGCAGCGAGAUGGCGGACCGCAAUGUCAAGGAUGCCAGGACACUAUACAACGAGGGCGACCGCGUAAAGGCGCGGGUCUUGAAGGUCGACCUCGAAAAGAAACGGAUCAACCUUGGGUUGAAACCCUCAUACUUCAAGGACGGCGAGGCGGACGACAUGGAUGUUGAUAGCGAGGAUGAGGACGCCGGCGCGGUUCUGGAUGGAGAGGAAAGUGAAGAUGAAGAGAUGAGCGAUGCUGGCGGCGCCAUUCUCAUCGGCGGUUCCGACGAUGAGGAUGAGGAUGACGAGGAUGGGGAAGAUGACAGUCGAUGUCGAAAUGGGGGAUGCGGCAGAAGAGGGCCUCACCGGGCCUUGAUGGGCCGGCGGCAACCUCAGGGUAUCGUCGAUAAGACUGCUGAGCUCGACAUCAACGGGCCGCAAACCUCCAGCGAUUACGAACGUCUCCUCCUCGGUCAACCGGACUCGUCAGAGCUCUGGAUCGCCUACAUGGCCUCUCAGAUGCAAAUCAACGACCUCGCUAGCGCAAGGCAAGUGGCCGAGCGGGCCAUCAAGACAAUCAACAUCAAGGAGGAAACCGAGAAGCUCAAUGUCUGGAUCGCCUACCUCAACUUGGAAGUCGCCUACGGUACCGACGAGACCGUUGAAGAGGUCUUCAAGCGCGCCUGCACCUACAACGACGACCAGGAGGUCCACGAGCGGCUAGCAAGCAUCUACAUCCAGUCAGGCAAGCACAAGGCAAGUCCCCCCUUUUCCCAUCUCCAUCCCCUUUGCCCCCUUCACAAUCCCACCAUACUAACUCCCUCCCACAGGAAGCCGAAGCCCUUUUUGAAGACAAGAUCCUCAAGAAGUACGGCUCGCGGUCCCCACACGUCUGGAUCAACUACGCCCACUUCCUGCACGCGACCGCGGGCCAGCCGGAGCGCGGACGGGCGCUCGUCAAACGCGCCACGCAAAUCCUCGGCAACCCAGCCAACACAAGCGGCGGCAGCGGCGUCGGCAGCGCGGCCCAGGCACACCUUCGCGCUGCUGCCCAAGUUCGCGGCGCUCGAGUUCCGCUCCCCGCACGGCGACCGCGAGCAGGGCCGCACCCUCUUCGAGAACCUGCUCGCCACCUACCCGCGCAAGUUUGAUCUGUGGAACCAGCUGCUGGAUCUCGAGGUUUCGGUCCCGGUCGAGGAUGGCGAUGUGGCUGUGGUGAGGGAUCUGUUUGAUCGCGGGAGUAAGGUCAAGGGGCUCAAGCCGCGCCAGGCCAAGGCCUGGUUCCGCCGCUGGGCGAAGUGGGAGGAAGAGAGGGGCGAUGCGAAGAGUAGGGAGAGGGUGUCGGCUAGGGCGGUCGAGUGGGCGAGGGCGGCGGGCAAGGGGAAGGGUAGUGAGGCGGAGGAUGACGGGGAGGAGGAGGAGUAA